UCAGCUCAUGAAAGAUGGGACCAACACUUUACAUGUUGCGUUUACAUUUUUGUUCAGUAUAAUAACUAAGCUAAUAAAGUUGUAUUAAAUCCAGAUUGUUGAAUUAGCCAUUUAAGGCCGGGACGUGGUGUUCCUGCAGGUAUUAUGUGUGCAUCGCUUCAAGCGCCACAUCAUCCGGCAUUCCUCCACAAUCASAAUCUGUUCUCUUUAGUCAUGCUUGACUUAACAAUGUGCGCCAUGUUGUACACUAACAGCUGGGAGGGAGAUUUGGUUCAAGCCUUGAGAGUUUUUUCUUUAAAAUAUAAGGGCCAUUAUAUUUCCAACGAGGAUCGAAUGAACAUACAACUUCAAUCUGAUUUGCCAUUUCUUACCUGACUGACAACGUUUUAAGUGCUUACAGAUGUUACUUGCGUUUAGGCAAAAAUAUUAUUGAGAUUCAAAACGUUACAUCUCUUUUUCACAGCAGCCCAGAGCUCCCUUAGGGCUAUUGUGUAAUUCCAAGAGCACUGAUACAGAGGGCUGGGAUUCCAACACCACCGUGGCACCGUAUUUUAUUGGCUGGAGCAGGGUCUACUUGAGUUCAUGUCAACGCAGAGCACAGCAAUACUGAGGCAAAACAAAACAAGAACAAAGCACUGUAAACUUUAAUUGUGAAAUGUCCGAAAUUGUGUUUGGUUAAAACUCCCCAAACAUUGAGCGAGAACAAAAACAUGAACCCAGACAUGUAGAAAUGUCCUUAUCAUGCAGCACAUCUGUUUUACAUUGUUCAGUCCCCAAGAAUUUGUGUUAUAUAACAACAAAAAACUCACAGUAGAACCUAACCAACCUCUCUCUAACUAGCAGACAUGAUGAUAAGAAGAAGAAGAUCAAGUCCACCAGUACACCAGGAGAAUGCCAAUUAAUGUUAAGAGGCUGUGUAAAAUCAACGUCCCUGAGACCUAAUGCACUAUAACAGGUGUAUUUAGGAAGGUCGACAACUUAUCAGAAGAGGAAUCCUUUUAUCAUAAGAAGAUUACUAAGGUCCAGGAAAGUAUACAAGAUCUCAGCACUACCAGAAACUGCUCUGACUGCUUCGACAUGGCCCACUUCAGCGAGGAGAUCAGUAGGCUGAAGAGGGAGUUUGAGGAUCUCCAGAAAAUGAUCCUGGGACAGGAGCAGGUCCUGGAUCAGGCCUCCCAGACCCAGCAGACCCUGAAGGCAGCCAGAAGCAGGAUGACCCGAGACAUGCAGAACUACUCCCUGUCCAUCAGGCUCAUCAACCAGUCCCUGGAGCGUUACUUAGACCAGGUGGACGGUUGGAAGGCGGUCAUCACCGAGACGGACGAGAGCAUGAAGACUCUGUCUCAGGAUCAGUACGAUCUCAAGGCCACUGUGAAUCAGGUCAAUACCACGGUGGCCCUCAACUCCUUGUGGAUGGAUGCCCUGCAGAGGAAGACCAAUGAGGAGACAUUGGUCCUGCAGAAGAUGACGGCGGACUGGCAGAACUACAGCCGGGUGUUGAGCGGUCUGAAGUCCAACUCAAGCACCACCACUCAGACAGUGAGGAGCAUCCAGAGUGGGAUCUCGGCCACGCACCAGAGGAUCAGCAUGAGCUCGGAGAUGGUGCACGACCUCACCCUGCAGGUGAUGAACCUGCAGAUGCAGCUGGACAAUGUCACCUCCUUCAUGGACGAGCAUGAGGAGAACAUGCACGACCUCCACUACCACUCCAAGUACUACCAGAACCGGACGGGCGAGAGGUUCAUCACCCUGGAUGCUCGCAUGGACUCCAUCGAGAUGGAGAUCGACACCAUCUCAUCCAGCAUCAACGCCACGGUAAGCCACGUGCAGAGCAUGUACAAGUACAUCAACAUCGAGAGCACGUCAUGCCAGACGCGGAUGGGUAGCCACACGGAGGACCUGCAGAACCUGAACAACACGGUGCUGCUACUGAUGCACCUGGCUGUCACCCUGAGGCAGCAGUACAUGCUGCUGAGCGUCCGUCUAGAUGUGGACGCCAGGAACCUGUCCAUGGUCAUGGAGGAGAUGAAGCUAGUGGACACGCACCACACCCAGCUCAUCCAGAACUUCACCAUUCUCAAAGGCGCACCGGGCCCACCUGGUCCAAAGGGGAACAGAGGGGAAGGAGGAGGCAAAGGUCCAGUUGGCCUGACAGGAAUCAAAGGAGACAAGGGCCCAGGUGGGAACCGUGGUCCUCUGGGAGAGAAGGGCCCUAUCGGGCCUACAGGAGCUCAGGGGGAGCCAGGACCAACAGGGGCCAGAGGUGGAGUGGGCGUCAAAGGGGUGAAGGCUUCUCUGGGUCAACCAGGCCCACGUGGUGAGAGAGGUGAGAAGGGAGACAUGGGUACUAUUGGUAAGGAUGGAAUACCAGGUCCCAAAGGGCCACUGGGAAUACAGGGCCAAGCAGGGCUCCCAGGGCUCCACGGGAUGCCUGGCCCAAGAGGAAAGCCCGGGCCUGUUGGUCCACACGGGCCUCCCGGAAUUCCUGGCCAACCAGAUCUGCCAGCUUACCCAGACACGGUGUCUUGAGGGGCCUCUGGUGUCUGAUCACAACAAGGACAGGACGAGCCUCCAUUGGACGUGGGGAAGUACCGGCAGCCUGGCAAAGGGAUGGAGGAUGAUUGAAGAGGAUGGAAUGAAUGGAGCAUGGAAGAGUUCACUCUCAAGCGUUCCCCUUCAUGUUACUCCAUUCUUUCCCUUGGACACUCAAUGGACACACCAUUGAGCAUAUACACACAGCCCAUGUUCGGGUAUAAAGGAGACAUUGAUAACAAGAUAACAAAAAGACUUGAGUUUAAAAAUAUGCAUUGGAAGUUGUCAGUAUCAUAUACAGCUGAAUGUAUGUUUGAAGGAACCACAGCACUAUCUUGGGGGCUUCAUAAAGGUCUAGGUUUACAAUGCCAUGCACUUUCACGAGGGUAGAGUUAAUUAACAAUAGAUUUUUACACUAAUUUGUGAAACAUUAACACGUGAAAUUCUAUUCAAUGGCACUUUUGGUUUUAUAAAGUGUAGAAACUACAGUCAGUUUUUAUGUGUUUGCUUUUGUAUCUUUUAUGUUUCGGAGCAGGUUCUCUGAAUACUGACUGAAGUUGAGAUGAUUCAACAGGUCAUAGAGUGUAAUGGUAAGGGAUGAAUGAAAUUGCUGAAGAACCAAAGGUACACAACUAUGGAUGUAUUGUAUGUUAGUCAUUAAAUGAACAUUUCCUAAAUGACUUAAAGGGUACGGUUUUGAAAUAUAGAUAUUUUUACAUUAUGUAUUUUUGGUUUUAUGCCAACAUGUUACAUUCAAGUGUUUUCAGAUUUUCAAGUGUAGGUAAUAUACAUCAUUUUUGUUGUGUUUCCAUUCAUAUUCAUCUCCGCACAUAAUCAGAGUUGUGUGAUGAUCUGUGUAUUUUAAUAGCAAAUAGAAAACAUAUAAAAAGUUAAAAUGAUAAGAGAUGCUAUUUUUGUAAACUUGUGUCAUUCUUAUAGAUGUUGAAUAAAUGCUACCAUUCUACUUCA